GGAAGAUUAAAAAAAAAUAAACCUACAAAGAAUUAUUCUGUAAAAUAUUAAUUAAAAUUGAGGGAAAUGUGCCAGGCGAAUAAGUAUUUCCAGGCGAAAACAUUUUGCCGCUGUCUAUCGUUACGAACCGGUUGCCUACUCAUAGCCCUCUUCUCCGAUCUUUUGGGCAUCGUGGCGCUGGCUGGCUUCUUUUUGUCAUUCCUUGAUGGUACCCACGAUAAUAUGGUUGAAGAAAUUUUAGAUGUUUUUUGGGGCGUCCUCCAUUUUGUUGCUGGCAAUUGCAUGUCGUACUCUCUUCUUAUGAAAUCUCCAACUCCGAUUCUGGUGUAUAUUGUGACGGAAGCUUUGUUUUUGGCAUUUGCAAUCAUCUAUGUCCCACUGAGCUUUGCAAUCGAUAUCAAGAUGUUUGCAAAUUUGUGUCAUGGACACUGUGUUUCAUACUGGAUUUUCAUAUGCCUUAUUUUUGUUUUAUUACCCUAUUUCCUAUACAUAACAAUUUCAGUUUAUUUGGAUAAGAGACAAAGGCUCAGCGAAAAUCCACAGCCGGAAUAAAUACAUGUGUAACACAAAUAUUAAAGAUUGAAAUAUUCAUUGAAAACUCUUUUUGAGAUUUAAAUAAAGUUUUUUACAAGCA